CGUUUGAUCCAACAACAUGGAGGACGAAGUUGAUGUUGACAUCGAGGGAGACGACUUUGAGAGUGGCAUUAGUCAGAUGGAGACGGGAGGGUUCAUCCAGGAGCAGCUGGUGCAGUCUGCGGGGAGGAGUGGGUCCUGGACCCUGCCCUGGGAGCUGGACGACUCCAUCAGCCCCGAGAACCGAGAGGUGAUCGAGAGGAUGCUGCUGGAGGAACAAUAUUAUUUGACAGGUAAGGAGCCUCCCGACCAUAUUUUGCAGAGUAAUGCUACCAAAAAACACAAAGUGAAGAAAUCUCCUACCAAGACUUUGGCCUCAGCAUCUACUGCAUCUUCCCGCUGGUCCAAACAGGAGAGAGAGCUGUUUGAGAGAGGACUGGCUCAGUUUGGUCGAAGAUGGACUAAGAUCGCGAAGCUGCUGGGCAGCCGUACGGUUCUUCAGGUCAAGAGCUAUGCCAGGCAGUAUUUCAAACACAAGAACAAAUCAGAACCCAGUCCUGCAGCUCCCUCUACAGGUUCUGUGAUCCCCCUACAGCCUCCCCAGUCCACGCCCAGUCACUCCUCCGCUCUUACCAAUGCUGUCCGCAUUGAGAGGCUCUCUGAUGACGAGGAUGUAGACAUCACAGAUGACCUGAGUGAGGAUGAAGGUGCCGAUGAUCAAACACAAAUUGUGGUCAAAACUGAGUUCCAGAGGCCAGACGGGCAGACGGAGACUGGGAUCCAAACAGAAAGCCUUUCAGAAGAGCAGAACGAGGCGGGUCAGAGAGUGGAAGAGAAGACCCAUGAUACAGAGUACCAACCCAGCCAGAGUUCCCCUUCUCAGCCCUCAUCUUCCCUUGUUUGCACGGACCUUGGAGAAGUAGGACUAAAUGAGAAGGCUAGCGAGAAAGAAUGUGUUUUUCCAGAAAGUCCUCAGACACAAUCACAGAGAGAGUCAAAAGAGAUUGAUGCAGAUGAGGGCCGGAGCUGGCAGUGUGACACGACACCACAGGCCGGUCCGGGAGAUGAAGCAUAUUGCGGCAGCAUGGACUCACCAGAUAAGACGGAGAACGAUACACCAGAUCAAGAUGAAGAUGAGAACCAGAACGAAGAUGAUGAAGAUGAAGAAGAGGAGGAGCUGAAGGCCCCAGAACAAGAGAUAGAGAUGGACACAGAGACCAUCACUGAGGAAGAAAAACAAGCCAUUCCUGAGUUCUUUGAGAGCCGACCAUCCAAAACCCCUGAAAGAUAUCUGAAGAUUCGAAACUAUAUCCUGGAUCAGUGGCUGAAGAGCAAGCCCAAGUACCUGAACAAAACAUCGGUCCGGCCGGGUCUCAAGAACUGUGGCGACGUCAACUGCAUCGGGAGGAUACACACCUACCUGGAACUUAUUGGGGCCAUCAACUUCAAUUGUGAGCAAGCAGUGUACAAUCGGCCAAAGGUGGUGGACCGCUUCAAACAGAAGGAGGGCAAAGACGUUCUGGAGGCCUAUCAACUCGCCCAGAGGCUGCAGAGCAUGAGGACCAGAAAGAGGCGUGUACGAGACCUCUGGGGGAACUGGUGCUACGCUAAAGAUUUGGAAGGACAGACGUUUGAGCAUCUCAGCGCUGAGGAACUGGCUCGGCAGAGAGAGGAGAUGAAGAAGCAACCCAAGCCCUGCAAGAUGUCCAGAUGCAGAGGGUCUUUUGAUCCCUUCCAGCUGAUUCCCUGCAGGUCUUUCGACGGUGAUGUACAGGAGCCAUUCCAGGUCACCGUGUGUGCUGAAACCCUUCUUGUUAUGGACAUGCAUGCCCACGUGUCACGAGGGGAAGUCAUCGGCCUACUCGGUGGAACGUUUGACGAAGAAGCAAAACUGCUGAAGAUCUGUGCGGCGGAGCCGUGUAACAGUGUGAGCACAGGUCUGCAGUGUGAGAUGGACCCGGUGUCUCAGACACUGGCGUGUGAUGUGCUGUCGUCCCUGGGCCUCGGUGUGGUGGGCUGGUACCACUCCCACCCCUCCUUUCACCCAAACCCGUCGGUGCGGGACAUAAACACGCAGGACCAGUUCCAGAGUUAUUUCUCACGAGGGGGAGCCCCCUUUAUUGGGAUGAUCGUGAGCCCGUAUGACCCAGCCAACCUCUCCCCCCUCUCCACCAUUACCUGCUUGUUGGUAAAAGACAGCCAGGAGUCAUCACAGCCUCACAAGAUCCCUUACAGGUUUGACUUCAUGUCAUCACAACUUAUCCCUGACUGGGAACAGACCAUGAGGAGGGCUCAGUGGAUCAUCCACAAAUACGCCCAAGCACCAGGGAGUGUGCAGAUGGACAGGUUAUUCCGCAGAGAGUCCCAUCUCACCUGUUUGGACAAGAUGCUGGCAUGUCUGGCGAGGCAUUUGGAACCCCUGCCUGAUGGGGAGGGAGACCACUUCCUGACUCAGAUCCAGUCCCUCUUCCAGUCAGACUUUAUUUCCAGGCAGUGGUCCUCAGACCAGGAACAAGGAGAACUUUUAAACGCCUCUCCCAAACCAGCAGACUCGGACGACACAGCUUUUGAACAGCUUAUUAGUAAAGAGGGGCCCCAAGAAGGAGCAGGGGAACCAGAUACAAGCAGCAGCACAGUGCUGCAUCUGGGCUCUGUACUCUCUACCGAACAUGACUAUCUCCUGUAAAAUAAACAGCGUAGCUCACUUUACUUGUUCUAUUCUACAUUAUUUAAGAAAUUAUAUCAUGUUUUGUACAUAUGUUUAAAGGACCAUUCUAGUUUAAACCACCCUGGGGUUUUCUCAUAUUUGGCAUAAAUAUCUCUGUAUUGGUCCAGUUCUAUGGAAGCAGAGGCCGUGGACUCUCCUCCUUGUGUGUCUAUUGAUAGUAGUUUACGCAGCAUUCAGUAGUUGACCUGUAUGGAACUGUGACCGGGUGACGUUGACUGGAAGGAUAUCCGCCUGUACAAAAGGUCAUUUUUAUACACUUUCUUUACACUUACAAAGUUUACGUUUCUCUGGUUUGUCUGCAGGGGGACUGCCCACGCUGUCACUUAAAGUCUUGUCAGAGGCUUAAAAUAGAAAGUUAUAUUUAUAUAGUUUGAUUGCCCCAAAUGAACUUUACACUGUACCAUCUAACUUUUAUCGCAAGUUUAUUUGAAAUACAUCAUUGCAUAACAAUGUGAAUUAUGAUUGAUAUCUGCAGGAUGAACUGGAAUGUUACGUUUUGGAUCAUUAUUAUUGUCUUAUUACAGUCUUAUUCGGUUUUAUAUCAGAUGUCAAUAGAUAUAAUUUGAGUUCUUCAACCCAAACCUCAGAGAUGGACUCAUAAUUGCGUGAGCAACUAUUUGUGGGAUCCAAAAAUCAAGAGUUUUGGAAACAAAAAUGCUGGAUCCUACAAUUAUAAUCCAGUUAUGUUGAUUUUUUUUUCUUUGUUUUUUUCCCCCCUCUCCUCUCCUUUAGGGAUCAAAAUAAUGUGCUUUUAUAUCAACAAUAGGUCAUCACAAUCAUGGUAAACCAUGUUUGUUUGAAAGGUUGUGUGUGUGUGUGUGUGUGUGUGUGUGUGUGUGUGUGUGUGUGUGUGUGUGUGUGUGUGUGUGUGUGUGAGAAAAAUCAUCAGUUCUUUGUCGCUUAAGCAUAAAUUAAACUAUUUUUAUAUUUUGUGGUCUACUGUAGUAUUUAUUAUUUUAUGUAUUGCAAUGAUAGCUACUUUUAUUGGGUUGUAAUUUUUCUAGAAGAGCCCUGUUUUAAUGACAGUAGUGUUAAA